UCCUUAGCAUUCUGCUAUCGGCAUAUAUAUAGAGAGAAUAUGCGUUAAGUUACACGAUGGACAACCGAGAGAAAGGCCGUUCCCGAUGUGGGAUGAUAUUGAGGGCUAAUGGCCUUGUGAUACUAACCCUGAUCGGGGUCACCGUUGGAAUGUCGAUUGGAUUCGGUACAAGACACUAUCAAUUUACCGACUCAGCUGUUAUGUGGAUAGGCAUGGUUGGUGAACUCUACCUACGUAUUCUGAAGAUGAUGAUAGUUCCGCUUAUUAUAACAGCUAUUAUUUCUGUAACAUCCUCGAUGGACCCCAAAUCUAACGGUCGGAUCAGUGCUGUAUGCGUUGUGUACACCCUCAUUAGUAAUUUCAUACCCACUGUCCUUGGCUGUGUAUUCGGUAUAGUAAUAGGACCAGGCUAUGCAGUCAAGGGAAGAUCCAUAGAAGUGGAACAUCUAUCCAAUCUCACUUCCUCCAUGGACACUAGUGAUAUUUUGGCCGACCUGUUACGGAAUUUCUUUCCAGACAAUCUCAUUGAGGCCACGUUUCUACAGACGCAGACAACUUACAGUGUAGAGAUAUCUGUUCAAUCACAGAUAACAGUUAACCGAACUUCUCUUAAUGACACAAGGAUACGACGCCUGACAACGGUCAGAAGUCCAAAUAUCUUAGGAUUGGUGGUGGUAUGCACUUUGUUUGGGAUAGCUUCUGGCGUCCUUCGUGACGUCGGUAAACCCUUCAAAGCUUUCGUUGAUGCUGCAAGUGAAAUCAUAAUGCAGGUUCUGAGAUGGAUCAUGUGGUUGACGCCCAUUGGAGUGGCAAGUCUAAUCGCUAAGACCAUAUGCGCUGCUGACAACAUAUCAGAAGACUUCCAGAAGUUAGGCAUGUUCAUCUUAGCGGCUACAACAGGAAUGACUGUAUGUGGUCUGAUAAUACCCAUCAGCUACCUCCUUUUACGGAGGGCAAAUCCGUUUACCUUUCUGUUGUCUCUUUCCCAGCCGAUCCUGAUGGCAUUUGCAACAGCAAAUUCACCGAUCACUAUGCCUGCUGUGAUGACUAUUCUAGAGACCGAACAUGCUGUAGACAAGAGGGUAUCACGAUUUGUUAUGCCAUUUGUAAUGACGCUAAGCCGAUCGGGCACUGCCUUCUACAUCGCCGUGUCGUCCAUCUUUGUCUGCCAGAUGCUAGGGACCACUCUUAACGCACCUACGGUCAUGCUCAUAUGUCUUUUAACAACAAUAACAUCUACUGGAAUGCCUCCCGUUCCCUCCUCUGCACUGAUGGGGGUAAUCAUUGUUGUGGCAGCUCUCAAUAUACCGACCGAGGCAGUCACUCUGCUUUACACAUUCGACUGGCUUUUAGACCGUAUACGAACCAUCGUGAAUUUGAUGUUCCAAGCAUUUGCAGCAAUACUGACACAGGAUCUAUGUGGGAAAUAUCUGCCGUCUCUUCCUGGUGAUAAUGAUGUGUUUCGAAAGUUUGACAAAGACAUUCCCUAAUAUCAAUCAGUCUAUCGAAAUACAUAUUGAUGACAAUAAAUUACGGGAAUCCGUGGAUAGUUUAUCUGAUUUUGCCGAUGUUUGAUGGUUAUAAAUCACGAGAAUCCGUGGAUAGUUUCUCUGAUAUUGCCCACAUUUGAUGAUUAUAAAUCACGGGAAUCCGUGGAUAGUUUUAUCUGAUAUUGCUCGAUAGUUUGAUGAUUAUAAAUCACGAGAAUCCGUAGAUAGUUUAUCUGAUAUUGCCAACAUUUGUUGAUUAUAAAUCACGAGAAUCCGUGGAUAGUUUAUCUGAUAUUGCCGAUGUUUGAUGAUUAUAAAUCACGAGAAUCCGUAGAUAGUUUAUCUGAUAUUGCCGUUGUUUGAUGGUUAUAAAUCACGAGAAUCCGUGGAUAGUUUCUCUGAUAUUGCCCACAUUUGAUGAUUAUAAAUUACGGGAAUCCGUGGAAAGUUUCUCUGAUAUUGCCUACAUUUGAUGAUUAUAAAUCACGGCAAUCCGUGGUUUCUCUGAUAUUGCCCACAUUUGAUGAUUAUAAACCAUGGCAAUCCGUGGUUUCUCUGAUAUGGCCCAUAUUUGAUGAUCAUAUAUUACGGGAAUCAAUAGACAGUUUUUUUUCUGGAUCAACCAUGACAAUACUUACAGGGUUUUUUUAAUUAAAACAUUUUGUUUCAUUUAUAAAUGCAAUGUUUGUUUUUACAGAAAAAUGAUGUAGUUUUAUAAAUAUUAUCGCCAAUCAAAAUUAGAAGAUUGUUAUCGUUAUACCUCAGAAUGUUCUUCAGGGAUCUUUCUCAAAAUUCACAUUUAUUUUGAGACUGAAAAACAGGAUGGCCGUUAGCCGGCUUUUUUAUAUUUUAAGUUUGUAAUCGCCGUUUCUUAUGGAUCUUCAAUUGUAUAUGUAAGUUCCUCUUGUGUUAUUUGAAGAUACAUUAUGUAUCACAUUUAUUUCUCGUUGAGUUCUUGAUUGAUCUUUGUCAAAUUUCGUAUGAAGGUUCAUUUUGUUUUCAACUGAUUAAAAGGAGGAAGAGAAAGGUAGAGAAAAGAUCACUCUUUCAUAGAUCCAAUAAAGGUCAUUCCAUGGUGGGAUCCAAGAUCCCGUUGGAAUUUCUUACUUUUACCUUGAAUUUAUGAAUAAAACAUUGCUCAUUGAUUGCAUCAAAAUACUCCGAUCCGUCUGACAGAAUUCGAAACAAUGUAUAAUAUCAAUUUAUAAUUUAUUUUGAAAGCACAUAUAAAAAAGCAGAUAAUUUGCAUCCCAAAUAAUAUGUCAUUUUUUUUCAAAAAAGAUAAACAGCAUUUAUCUAACAAACAUUUUGUAUCAAGGUAGGUUUAUUUUAUGCUUAUUGACAUUGUUUGAAGCUCUGAAGACUGCACGAACGGGUUUAUAUAUAUAUAUAUACAUACAUAUGUAGUUUUAUAAAUAUUGAUAUAUUGUUUUUACAUACAUUGAUUUUUGUGAAGAUCCUGUUUGGGUUGUCUAAAUGGUGAUGACAUCGUAUAACCCAUAGAAAACCCAUCGUUCUUGUUUCAUUAAGGGUCCUUGACUUAGAGACAUUUCUUAAUUGAGAAUAUUCCAUUGCAUAAACCUAAAACAUUUUAGAGGGAAAAUGUUCGUUUCAUGUCCGAUUUAGGAUAUUCAUAUGUCUGUAUGUAUGUAUGGAUGGACGGAUGGAUGUGGAUGGAUGCAUGUAUUGGAUGGAUGGAUGGAUGGAUGGAUGGAUGGAUGGAUGGAUGGAUGGAUGGGCGAAUGGGGACGUUUUGUUAUACAAUGUAAAGCAUAACGUUAUGAAUGUGAAUUUUAUAAAUACAAAUUUUAAAUAAGAACAUACACUGUUGCUUUUUAUUUUAAGUUGUAAAGUUAAUUUCACAGAUAUUUGAAUGAAUUAUAU